AUGAAUACGCGGCCGCCGAUAGAGGCUCCCAAUGAGCCGGCGGUCCUAUCCGUCGCUUUUAACGAUGAUGCAAGCCGUUUCAGCGUGGGCCUGAAUUCGGGAUUCUGCAUCUUCCACGCACCAACAUGCCAACUGCAAGCCACGAAGGACUUCAACGCCGGCAUCGCCUUGGUCCAGAUGAUGGGUAAGAGCAAUUUUCUGGCCUUGGUCGGCGGAGGACGGGCUCCCAAGUUCCCCCAGAACAAGGUCAUUGUCUGGGAUGAUUCCAAGUCCAAGGUUGCGCUGGAAAUCACCACACUCACGGCCGUCCGGGGCGUCCAGCUGAGCCGCAGUCGAGUUGUCGUCGUGCUGCAAAACUCAGUCCGGGUCUAUGGCUUUACUAAGCGUCCUGACCCCAAAACUAAGUACGAGACGGCGGACAACCUCCUCGGCCUCUGCUGUCUGUCUGCCGACGACAAAUACCUCGUAUUCCCCGGCAGGACGGCCGGCCAGGUGCAAGUGGUGGACUUGCGCACGGAAAACGUCAGCAUCAUCCCAGCACACAACUCCAAGCUCCAGGCGCUGGCCUUGAGUGCAGAUGGCGAGUUGCUUGCGACAGCCAGCGAAAAGGGGACGAUCGUCCGUGUCUUUGCGACAAGCAGUUGCGCCAAGAUUGCUGAGCGACGGCGAGGCAGCGAGUUUGCCGCCAUCUAUAGCCUGCGCUUCAGCCCGAGCGGACGUAUGCUGGCGUGUACAAGUGCGAAGGGCAGCUUACACAUCUUCGAUACACCGAGAAAAGGGGUCCCUUCCAGCCCCGCCCGCAACGCCGUCUCCACCGGCACGCCACCGCAUUCGCCGGCAAUAGGGAUUUUGAACACGGGUGGUAAUGCGACAACAACGGACCCGACGAACAAAUGGGGCUUCCUAUCCAACAUUCCCUGGGGUCCCUUUUCCGACGUCUACUCGUUCGCGUCAACGCGCUUCGAGGCCGGCGACGAGCCCGAGAGUGGCAGUCCAUCCAGCGAAGCUGUGCUUGGGACGAGCCGGCCGGUCAAAGGAAUCAUCGGGUGGAUCGACGAUGACAGCCUGAUCGUGGUCGGGGCGGGGCGUGAUGCGAGAUGGGAGAAGUUUGUGCUUGUCGACGGCGAGGAAGGCCACAAGGUACUGGUCCGCGAGGGCUGGAAACGCUAUCUGGGGAAUUAG